CCUGUACCUGUAAGUAAACGAAGUAAACGCGAAAAAUAUCGCUGGCGAGUCGGACACUGCUGUAUUAUUAUGUAUUUCCAAAGAAGGCUGUGAGCGUUUAAUAAAAUUUGAUAACAGUCGCUGUCGAUAUCGUUCCGCGUACUACCUGAUUUACCUGUUGAGAUACUGUGUUUUGCCGUGUGUGCGCGUGAAAACUGUUCGAAAAUAUCCCUAACCUACGAAAUUCGUAGCCAGAAAUGACACUUGGAUGGCGAUAAUACGCCUUAUACACGUAUACGUCCACCGAAACAAGACCGUUGGGAUAGUAUGAAGAUUUCUCCGUUUUUUUGUGUGUUUUUGUUGCACUCUGUGCCCAACGUAGGUUAAAUAAACGUGUAUCUGUGAUUUUAUUUUUAAGCGGACUGGAUCAGAUAAGAUAACGCCCGAUUCAAAACUACAUCUGAAAAUUAUUAUCAACCUUAAAAUCGUUAAAAAAAUAUUUCAAAAACAAACAACGCUAUAAGACGUAACGGAUUCUGCAAAGUUGGAUCGUAGGUUAAAUCCGACAGGUUGUUGAAGAGUGUCACGUGGCAAAAUGGCGGAUUCGUGUUAUUAUUUAUAAUGUGGCAGUGAUUUUUUGAAAAAAACGCGCGGUUUUAUCGGAACGCGGACGAGCAUCCAAGGCCUAAACAUGAUAGGACCACAUCAUAUAUGUGUUUUGUACGUGGCCACAGCUGGACUGCAAGGUCCUCUAAUGGGAUCCGAUGAGCAGGAAAUCGUCCUAUUGAUCUAUGUCAUCGUCGAUGUUAUUCAGAACAAGAUAGUUGGUGUGCAACAGUAUCCCAUUCGGCCGACGGUAAUUCAUCCAGGACAACCGACAGCCGGUGGUGACCCCAACGGUAACGUAAUAAUUACCGAACAAUUGGCAGCCGAGUCCACGCUCUCCGACGACCUGGUGCGAACCGCUGGACGACGUCUCGAGGAUGCCCUCGGGGAAUUUGACGCUUACUGCGCCUCUAUACAUCUCGACCCUCAUAAUGCCGGGUUUAGGCUAGUGACCGACGGUCAACCACCGUUACGACAAUGUCUCCAUCCAGAGGCUUGUCGGAAAGAAUUAGAAUUACCUUCCUACUACAGUCUCUUCCACGACCUACGGAAAGAAGUGGCAAGUUUUUUAGGGAAAGAAGAAGUUCCAGGAAGCGUUAUCGAUAUGUUGGAAUUACUACAAAUUAAACCGGAAAAUGACAACGAAUUUUAUAAAAAGGAAGCGAAAGACAUGGUUAAUAUUUUACAGAGGCUAAUUAUGGAGGGGCAUCGGUUUGAUAGCCUGGAGACUAUUAACCUGGUAUUGGAACCUGGCAUUUGUUCGAAAGACGAUGAAAUCGACAGCAAUUGCGUUGUAAGAGCAAGAGGACUUCCGUGGCAAAGCAGCGAUCAAGACAUUGCGAAGUUUUUUCGAGGAUUAAAUGUGGCAAAAGGUGGAGUAGCUCUUUGCCUUUCGUCUAUGGGCAGACGUAACGGCGAAGCACUAGUCAGAUUCGUAUCUCAGGAACACCGUGAUAUGGCUCUCAAACGGCACAAGCAUCACAUUAACACCCGCUACAUCGAGGUGUACCGGGCCACUGGUGAUGAUUUCCUCUCGGUCGCUGGAGGGAGCAGCUGCGAAGCGCUGGCAUUUUUGUCAAGAGGUGCAGCCGUCAUCGUCCGAAUGCGAGGUUUACCAUACGACUGUUCGGCCAAACAAGUGUUGGACUUCUUUGCAUCUGGCGACAACCCCUGUACGGUAAUGGACGGUGCAGAUGGGGUGUUGUUCGUGAGAAAACCGGACGGCCGCGCGACCGGAGAUGCUUUUGUACUUUUCGCAAGCGAAAGCGAUGCUCCCAAGGCCCUCGCCAAACAUCGGGAAAGUAUUGGCUCGCGUUAUAUCGAAUUGUUUCGAUCGACUACGGCGGAAGUGCAACAGGUACUUAAUAGGUCAAUGAUGGAUCCUCCUCCACCCCCACCGGGACCACAGGCCGCCAUUAUAGCACCUAUUUCGCAACUGCCCUUACUGCCACAACAUGUGAUUACCUCGGGGACUCGAAAAGACUGUAUAAGAUUAAGGGGUCUUCCCUACGAAGCCCUAGUUGAGAAUAUUUUGGACUUUCUAGGAGAAUAUGCUAAGAAUAUCGUUUUUCAAGGAGUUCACAUGGUGUACAAUGCUCAGGGUCAACCGAGCGGCGAGGCCUUCAUCCAAAUGGAUUCGGAGCAGUCCGCAUUUAUAACGGCGCAACAAAAACACCAUCGAUAUAUGACGUACGGAAAGAAACAACGCUAUAUCGAAGUGUUUCAGUGUUCAGGCGAGGACAUGAAUCUCGUACUGACAGGUGGCCUGCCGGCACCUGUAUCGCCUGCCAAAGCCGCCCCAGCAGGUCUGCUUAGCCCGGGAGGAAAUAUAAUACCAGCGCCAUACCAUCCAAGUUCCAAUUUCGCACCGGGAUUUGCGCCUGUCCCACUGGCGCCGGCACCGAUGGGACCACCUAGGCAGUACCUCCACGCUCCUAUCUUUUACUGGCCUAUAUACCCCAGUCCUCCCGUUUCACCCACCGGAUACUACAUUCCACCACCUGGACCACCACUGCCGCCUCCUCACCAACAGCCGCAACAACCGAUGAUGCCGCCAGAUUGCAUCGGUUUACCGCCCCCGAUAUCCGCCACAGCCAUGCAAAAUAUGCCCCCAUUGGACGCCAGACUAUUAGAAGCGAUACCAAGACCGAUCAGUUGUUAGACGUCUAACACCCAGCGAAGAACAAAAUUUAUGCAAGAUUAACUUGGUAUAAUAUAAAAUCUUGCCUGCUCUAACCCGAACCGCAAUAUUUACCACAUCAACUGCUUGCUAAGUAGGUCUAUCCAGUCCCAGUCAACAUAUUCCAAUAUCGUCACAUAUUAGAGAAAAAAAAACUAAUCUAAAUUGCAUAGUAGUAGAACGCAUAUUAAAAUAUUUUCUUGUAAAUUACUCAAUUUUUUCCAUAAAUGCCUUAAUAUAUUAUCAGAUGUUUUCUAUUGAUAUAUAAAUAUAUAUUUGUUUUAUAUAAUUUUAUUUAUUUUUAAGUAGCAAGAUUUAUAUAAUUAUAUUAUUGGCUAUCGAAAAAGAAACGUGCUAAUGAAACUCGAGACUGCUGAUACGAAGAUUUUUUUAGAAAUAUGAGAUUUUUAUUUCGCCGUAACGCCAUCGAAAUCGCUCAAAUAGCGGGGCGGUUCUAUUUUUACCUAGAGUCUAGUUUUUGUUAAUUUGCACGAGUCAACAACAAAAUUUGUAAUGUCUUCCAGUUAGGAUAGAUGUUUGAGAGUAUUUGAGUUUCAGAAUUUCCUCUGAUUUAGCCGAAUUUUACGAACGAAAAUUGUAAAAUUCCUAAGAAUAUCUCGAAACAGAGUGUUUGCUUCCUCAAAUACUCUUGAUUAUUGACUUUUUCUAACAAAUAAGACCUCGCCUAAUUCGCAUUUUUGUGAUGUAGAUAACUUUAAGGUAAAACAGUUUUUUUUCGGUUAUCGUCGUGCUUUUUAACUCGAUGAUAUAAUUUUGGCAUAUAUUCGGCAAAGUCGGAUGUUGAGAUUAAAGUUGAGAAUUUUUAUUAAUUGAAAUACCAUAGCUAGUACGAAUUUUUCGUACUCUUCAAUACUUGUUAAUAAGUCUCAUACUUGCCUGGCAUUUUGCUUACAACAUUUAUAUUAUUAUUGCAAAAUGUCGUAUUCCCACGCUCAAUUUUUAGUAUAUGAAUGUGCAAUAAUUAUAAGCAUAGCGAUGUAUGAUUUACACUAGUGAUAUCUAUUUUAGUCAUUAUGGCGACUUCAGUAGCGACUGCACACACUUAUAGUUGAUUGUACUCUUCCUAUAGAGUCCAUAAAAUAUUUUAUAUAUCCUAAUAUAUUGGAAACAUUUCUUCUAUAGCAGGCAGAAAUGUCAAUUUUUACCUAAAAGCUAUAAAAGUAAAUUUAAUAUUUAUAUCGUGAGUUGUAUAUCUGAGCAUUCUUAGUCGUCUAGUACCUACUGUUGCAAUUUUAGAUAUAAGAAACUUUCAAUGACAUUAGCAUAAGAAAAAUAGAGAUCUAAUUAUAUAAUUGUCAUAUUGUACACUGCGAUGUGAUCAUUAACAAAGUUCUGAGAACUACUUAAGGCAUAUAUAUUUAUAAAUCGAAAUUAAGAUUUAUAUCCUGUUUUUGUUUUCAUAUUAUAAUAGACAAUAAAUAUCAAUUG